AUGACCGCAGCGAGAACGUCCCUGGUCGAGCAGAAGCGUCUUCAGUGGGCCAAGGAGCGAGAGGAAAUAGCGAGACUCAUGGGCAAUCGCAAUUCGUAUCCGCCGGACCAUCGCGCCUACGGCAACGGUACUCGAGGAUCUUUCGCCAGCGAGUCGAUCGGCAAUGGACAGCUACUGCCACUGCAGUGCUGCGCCAACGAUCCACAUCUGCGUCAUCUGCACCUCAAGUCAUCGUUGGACGAUCCUCGUCGGUAUCAUUCGCGCUACGCCAGCACGACGAGUCUACGCAGCCUCGCGAAUUCCGACUUCAGUUUCGCGAGUCUGCGAGAUCUCGAUCGUUGCGGCGCGACGAUCGGCAAUAACGAUGCAAAUCGUCAUCCCGCGAUGACGAUGAUGAGCGGUAGCUGCUGCUCGGCGAGGAGCUUGCUGGAUCUCGGCCACAACGACGACGACGAUCGUCAUCGUCAUCGACUCAGCUAUCUGCCGCCGAUUUAUAAGGACGAGCUGCGUUGCCAGUGUACAUACAUGAAACAACCCCAGCAGCAGAAGCAAGAGUACGAGCAAUCGCAGGAGCGGCGAAUGCAGCAGUCGAGGUCGAGCCAACAACAACAACACAGGUGUUCGCGCAACAACGCCAGGCAUCGCUCCUCGGCCGCGUCGAACGCGACGAGCACGCCCGUAACGAGCGAUCAGAAGAAAAAGACGUCGUCGUCCCAGACGCAGGCGACGACGACUCGGACGAGCGGCGAGGAGGAUCGCGAAGGCGAGACGUCCGGCUACGCCAGUGACAAUAACAAUUACGACUCGUUGCGAUUGCAGCAGCAGCAGCAGCAGCAACAGAAUCAGGAUCACGUUUUACCUCGUCACGUGAACCAGAGCUCGAGCAUGAGCGAGAAAACCUGGCGAAAUCCGUACUGCAACGUCGACGAGAACGCCAGGCCAACGUCGAGAAAUCUGCCGACUUAUCGAAGCAGCGGCGGCGGCGAGUUCAAUCGACAGCGCUGGGGUAGCGUUUGGGGUCAAGACGUAUCCAAGGAUCCGCCGCCGCCUUCGUGGCUCGAGCGAGGCUUAUCGCGUCUCGAUCACAACUCUCAGGUAUUGGUGAUAACGCACGACAGCGCCUCGAGUCCGUCGUCCGACGGCGGACAAUCGUCGACCGGCAGCUCGUACGGCAGCAGUUCGUCCGAAGCCGGCGGCGCAAGAAGCACUUACUUACGAGGGCAGAAUCAGCCGAUCGACGCGGCGGUGCUGCAGGAGCGCGAGACCAAGCGUCAGAAGGCCCUGGAGCUGCAGCGGGCGAUCAAGAGGCAGCUCGAGGACAGGGAGAGAAGCAGGAUGGAGGAGAGGGAGAACGAGCUGAGGGAGCAGAGAGCGGAGGAGGAGAGAUUGAGACGACAGCAGAGCCUCGAGAAGCAGAGAAUCGAAGAGGAGAAGCGAGUGCAACGCGAGAGGGAGGCGGCCAAGCUGAAAAAGAGCAAGGCCAUGCAGGAGGUGCUGGAGGCCGCCGAGCGUCAGGCCAAGGAGGACAAACAAUUGUCGCGCAGACGCAAGCAGCAGCAGCAGCAGCAGCAGGAGGAGGAUGGGCCCAGCAACGAUAACAACAACAAAACAUCCGGAAAGUCGUCGUCGUCGUCGCAAUCCGUGACGGACAACAAUAAGGAAGACCGUGUCAAUGUCGAGGAUAAAUCAGCCGCCGACAAACAAACGAGCAGCGGCGCCAACGAGUCGUCGUCGUCGUCGGUUAAGACGGCGGCCGUAUCGUUGGACUCGACGCGAGACAAUGGUGUAACAAAGAAAACCGAGGAAAGCCAACAACCACAACCACAACAACAACAACAAGUGGUCGAUCUACCGGUCAGCCAGGAGGUCACCAUCGUCCUGAGCGGCCGCAUCGACGACCCCGAGCUGCUGCUGCGCAACGCACCCCUGAAACUCGUCAAUCUCGUGCUGAACGCCGGAAACAACAACAAUUCCUCGCCCCGAGGUAGCAGUCCCAGAUCGGCGAUCGGCAGCACGGCCGGCCUCGGUGCUCUGCUGCAGGGCUUGAGCCAGGCCGGCCAGGUGAUCCUGCACGCGCCCCCGCUGUCGCCCCGAGGCGGUGGAGCGAGCAAUUGCACGACGCCGAGAUUACUGACGCCGAGCAAGUAUCGAAUGGGUCAUCACAGACGCAGAGGUGGAGGUGGAGGUCGAGAGUGCGGCACGCAGACCGAUUGCGAGGCCGACCCGAGCAGCACGGAUUACGGGAUCAAGGAGGAGGAGGACGAGGACGAGGAGAGAGAGGAUAGGAAGGACGCGAGAAAUAACACCGCUCGCAGGGAGCUGGAGAAAUCGACGAGCACGACGGGCAACGAGGACUCGACCGCGGCAGCGUCAAAAUCGUUCCCGAGCCGGGCCAAGGCUCAGAAGCGGACCAGCCUGGAAUCUCGGCCACGCUGGAACGCCAAUCGUCCAGGCACGCGCUACCGUACCCAGAGCGAGAAGGACCCGCACUAUCAGCGACGCAUGCGACUGAUGACGAGGCACCACCGAUCGCGCCGCACCGAGACCAGCGACGAGGGCUGCUCCUCGGACUUUUAUCGUCGCUCGCCGUCGCCCGUCGUUGCCAGCAGUCGUCGUCCUCUCCGCAAGCAACAGCAACAGCAGCAGCCACAGCAACAACAUUCCAGCGGCGUUGGUAAUAACAAUACUAUCGUCAAAGCCAAGCUGUCGCGAAAUUCCGUGCUCGCCCGGCGCAGCGGCGAUAACAAGCGACGAUCCGACGACGUUCGUCGCAACGUGGCCGAUUACAAUAACGACAACGAGAACGACAACGUCGACGACGAUUACUCGAUGGACAGCCUGACGUCGCUGGUGCCGCUGCAGACGGACAAGAACGGCAGGAUCAAUAUACAGAGGCUCGACGACGUCGACUCGUCGUCUUACAAUAACAAUACGAACGAUCGAAAUGUUUGGUGCGGUGGCAGUGGUGGUGGUGGUGGUGGUUCCGAUUUAUUGUCGCAUCUGACGUCGUUGAGAAACGGCCUCAUGGCGAAGAAAAAAGAAUGGGACCUGCAAGAGUGUCCAGUCACUCCGUUAACGGAACUUUACUGAUUCGUCUCUCUCUCCGAUGUA